UUAUACCCGCGCGCCGGAGAGCAUACUCCCGCGCGUCUCGAUCGGCCACUCGAAGAGUUCUUCGGAAUGAAGAUCACCGUGCAGUCGUCGAGGGCCGUCAGGCCUGACUACGGCAGCGGCGGCGCGGGCGGCGCCGCCGACGCCGUGCCGCUCUCGGUGUUCGACAAGGUGAACUUCGACACGUACGUCUCCGUCAUCUACGUGUUCCGCCCGCCGAUGCCGCCCAACGCCGCGCUCGAGGCCGGGCUCGCCAGGGCGCUGGCCGAGUACCGGGAGUGGGCGGGGCGGCUCGGCGUCGACGCCCGGGGGAACCGCGCCAUCCUCCUCACCGACGAGGGCGCGCGGUUCUUGGAGGCCACGGCCGACGUCACGCUCCACAGUGUGCUGCCGCUGCGGCCCACCAGGGAGGUGACGAGCCUGCACCCGAGCAGCGACGGCGCCGAGGAGCUCAUGCUCGUCCAGGUCACGCGGUUCGCGUGCGGGUCCGUCGCCGUAGGCUUCACCGCGCAGCACCUCGUCUCCGACGGCCGCGCCACGAGCAACUUCUUCGUGGCGUGGAGCCAGGCCACGCGCUGCGCCGCCGUCGACCCGGCCCCGGCGCACGACCGCGCGUCCUUCUUCGCGCCCCGGGACCCGCCGCUGGUGGAGUUCGAACACCGCGGCGUCGAGUUCAAGCGGAAGCAGCAACCGGCGGCCCCGCGCGUGAAGAAGUCGGUCAUCAGCGACGCCGACGCCGACGAGGAGGUGGUCGUGCACAAGGUCCACUUCAGCCGGGAGUUCAUCUCCAAGCUCAAGUCCCAGGCGUCGCCGCCGGGCACGCACCGGCCGUGCAGCACGCUGCGGUGCGUGGUGGCGCACCUGUGGCGGUGCGUCACCGCGGCUCGCGGGCUCGGCGCGGGCGUGUCCACCAGCGUGUGCAUCGCCGUGGACGGCCGGGUGCGGAUGACCCCGCCGGUGCCCGAGGGCUACACGGGCAACGUCGUGCUGUGGGCGCGGCCCACGGUCACGGCGCGGGACCUGGUCACGAGGCCGCUGCAGCACGCGGUGGAGCUCAUCAACCGGGGGCUGGCCCGGGUUAACGAGGGCUACUUCCGGUCGUUCGUGGACUUCGCGAGCUCCGGCGCCGUGGAGGAGGAGGGGCUGGUGCCGACGGCCGACGCGGCGGAGACGGUGCUGAGCCCGAACAUCGAGGUCGACAGCUGGCUGCGGAUGCCGUUCUACGAGCUGGACUUCGGCGGCGGGCGGCCCUUCUUCUUCAUGCCCAGCUACGUGGCGGUGGAGGGCCUCCUCAUCGUCCUGCCGUCCUACUUCGGGGACGGCAGCAUCGACGCCUACGUCCCGCUCUUCAGCCGCCACAUGGACAGCUUCAAGAACCUCUGCUACUCCAUGUCCCUCAACUAGCUCUGCUCUGCAUGCUGUCCUGCUGCAAGCGAUGUAGAUGCACGUGUACUAAAAGUUGAUUGUAUUUCGAUUAUAAGUUCUUCUUAAGAGAGAAAUGAAAUUUUGUUGAUCAUAUUCAAUUA